ACCAUUAAAUGCAAUUGCACCAUCUCAAUACACUCAGCAAUAACUCAUCACUGCCACAAUUUUCCUCUCCAUCCGUUCACUCUUAUUUCCUUUCUCUUCCUUCAAUUCCUUUGUCCUCUCACCUUCUUCAUCGUCUUCAUCUUCUUUUCUUCUUCUUUCUCUCUUUAAACAAUCUACUACCUUUUUUAAGCUAGACCGUCCAAAAACACUCAUCAAGCUUUCGUUGCUUAAUUUAUUACCAUAUACCCAACUUUCCAUAACUUCCUCAAAAAAACCUUCUCUUCUUUUUUCAUAUUCAUCUUUGAAAAAAGUGUCUUUUCUUUUUACUUCUUUUUGUGCACCAUAGUAGAUCUACAUUUUUUCUUCCUCUUCUAGCUUCUAUCUCUCUUUAGCAACUACCCUUCCUCUUGUGGCACAUUAAUCUCAUUGAAACACCGCUAAAGCUGACAGAAGAAUCUAACAAAGAAUUCAUCAUCUGAAAGCCAUUUAAGGAUCUAAGAAAAGAGAGAGAAAAAAUUAAAAGAAGGAUUUUCUAGUUGAAGCUUUUUUGAUUGAAAUAUGCAAGCUGGUUUAAUGAUUCCAGCUAGUAACAUGCAUUCAAUGAUCGGAAGAAACAACAAUAACGUUGGUGUCUUUGGUUUAUCUUCAUCUCUCUCUUUAUCCCAGAUUGAAAACAAUAAGCAUUUGGAAUCUUAAAGAUCUGUAGAAAAUGUUCCAGCCAAAUCUAAUGGAAGCUGGACAACAUCAUCAACUUCUACCAUUUGACAUGACACAAAACAACAAUAAUACUUCAGAAAGUGAUGUUCCAAGAAUCCGUGAAGAUGAAUUAUUCGACAGUGCUACGAAAUCUGGUAACAGUGAAAAUCAAGAAGCUGCUAAUUCUGGUGAAGAUCAAGAACCUCGUGCUAAGAAGAAACGUUAUCACCGUCAUACACAGCAUCAGAUCCAAGAAAUGGAAGCGUUUUUUAAGGAAUGUCCACACCCUGAUGACAAGCAAAGGAAGGAACUAAGCAGAGAGUUAGGGUUAGAGCCAUUGCAAGUGAAGUUUUGGUUUCAGAACAAACGUACUCAAAUGAAGACUCAACAGGAGAGGCAUGAGAAUACUUCACUUAGAACUGAAAAUGAGAAACUUCGCGCUGAUAACAUGAGGUUUAGAGAAGCUCUAAGUAAUGCUUCUUGUCCUAAUUGUGGUGGACCAACUGCUAUCGGAGAAAUGUCGUUUGAUGAACAUCACUUGAGGAUUGAAAAUUCUCGCCUUCGAGAAGAGAUUGAUAGGAUAUCUGCCAUUGCUGCCAAGUACGUAGGGAAGCCAGUGGUGAGCUAUCCACUCCUCUCCCCUUCAUCGGUUCCUCCUCGUCCUCUAGAACUCGGCAUUGGUGGUUUCGGAGGACAACCAGGAAUGGGAGGAGAUAUGUAUGGAGCUGGAGAUCUUCUUAGAUCAAUAAGUGGACCGACCGAAGCCGAUAAACCGAUGAUAAUUGAGCUAGCUGUUGCUGCUAUGGAGGAACUCAUUGGAAUGGCACAAAUGGGUGAUCCACUUUGGUUGCCUACACUUGAAGGAGGUUCCAUACUCAAUGAGGAGGAAUAUGUUAGGUCUUUUCCUAGAGGAAUUGGUCCAAAACCAGCUGGUUUUAAAUGUGAAGCUUCAAGAGAAUCUUCUGUUGUCAUCAUGAAUCAUGUUAACCUUGUUGAGAUUCUCAUGGAUGUGAACCAAUGGUCCACAGUUUUUUCUGGCAUUGUCUCAAGAGCAAUGACAUUGGAAGUGCUAUCAACUGGGGUGGCAGGGAACUACAAUGGUGCAUUACAAGUGAUGACAGCAGAACUGCAAGUACCUUCACCACUUGUGCCAACUAGAGAGAGUUAUUUUGUAAGGUAUUGUAAGCAACAUGCUGAUGGAACUUGGGCAGUAGUGGAUGUUUCUUUGGACAAUUUACGCCCUAGUCCUUCUGCCAGAUCAAGAAGAAGGCCUUCUGGUUGCUUAAUUCAAGAAAUGCCCAAUGGCUACUCAAAGGUUAUAUGGGUUGAGCAUGUUGAAGUGGAUGAUAGAGGUGUUCAUAAUCUAUACAAGCAGCUUGUUAGUUCUGGACAUGCAUUUGGUGCAAAACGUUGGAUUGCAACCCUAGAUCGACAAUGUGAAAGACUUGCUAGUGCCAUGGCAACAAACAUUCCCACGGUCGAUGUUGGCGUGAUAACAAACCAAGAUGGGAGAAAGAGUAUGUUGAAACUAGCUGAAAGAAUGUGUAUAAGCUUUUGUGCUGGAGUGAGUGCCUCAACAGCACACACGUGGACAACACUUUCGGGUACAGGAGCUGAUGAUGUAAGGGUCAUGACCCGUAAGAGUGUAGAUGACCCAGGAAGACCAGCUGGCAUUGUUCUAAGUGCUGCAACUUCUUUUUGGCUUCCAGUGCCACCAAAAAGAGUUUUUGAAUUUCUUAGAGAUGAAAACUCAAGAAGUGAGUGGGAUAUCCUUUCCAAUGGUGGAGUUGUCCAAGAAAUGGCACAUAUUGCUAAUGGAAGAGAUACUGGAAAUUGUGUUUCUCUACUUCGAGUGAAUAGUGCAAAUUCAAGCCAAAGCAACAUGUUGAUAUUGCAAGAGAGUUGUACGGAUACAACAGGGUCAUUUGUGAUAUAUGCACCUGUAGACAUAGUUGCAAUGAAUGUGGUUCUAAAUGGAGGGGAUCCAGAUUAUGUAGCACUUCUUCCAUCUGGAUUUGCUAUACUACCAGAUGGGACAACCACAAAUGGAGGAGGUGUUGGUGAAACUGGACAUGGUGGUGGAUCUCUAUUGACUGUUGCAUUUCAAAUAUUGGUCGAUUCCGUUCCAACGGCAAAACUUUCUCUUGGAUCUGUUGCUACGGUUAAUAAUCUUAUUGCUUGUACUGUUGAGAGGAUUAAGGCUUCUUUGUCUGGUGAAGUUGCUUGACCAUCAAGUCAUCUAAUGUAACAUAAGUUAAGAAGAAGGGCAAAGGGAAAAGCAUUGCAUUUUGGAUAAUGAGGAGGCAAAGAGAACUUAGGCUUAUAUAAAAAAAACGGGGAGAAGUCAAGAGCGCACCUUGCAAGAUUUCCUUCUCAGGACGAUCAACUGAGGACUGAGAGGAUUAAGGUUCGGGAAUUGACUUCCUUAGAUAAUAGUAAAAGCUACUCCUUCCGUUUUAAAUAUAAAUAAAAAGUCAAAUGUAUUUGGUUCAAAUUUCAACUAAAUACAUUCGACUUUUUAGCUUAUAUUUAGGACAAUAGGGAGUAAGAGCUAAAAUUAAGAUAUUCUCUUCACCUUCUAAGACUAUAUAUUUAUAGUUGUUAGUGAUAUCAUUUUGAUUAUGAUUAAGUUGUAGCUUUAAUUUGAUGUAACCUCUCAUGUUCCUUCUAUUGUCAUUUGUGCUUUAAUUAGAUCUUGCACUACCAUGCAAACAGUGGUUAAUUUCUCAUUACAUGAUCCGUUUUAUCCUUCUUUAAGGUUUUGAAGAUGUAUGAUACAUUCCAUUUUGUCUA